GGCGUGAACAGGAAGCAGCGCGCGUUCCGGUGCGCACAGGAAGUACUCGGCGGUUAGCAGCAGACGGAGCUAGGCUAGAAACGAAAGAUGGCGAAAAGUAAGAUCCGGGAUUUCUUUUCUUGGUCCGACGACGAGGUGGAGCUGCUGCUGAAAGUGACGCAGGAGUACAAGGCGGCCAUGGCGGCGCAGAGCACCGACUGGGAGUCGUCGCAGAGCAAAUAUGGCGACAUACUGGAGCGGUACCGGGAGUAUUAUCCGUCGUCACAGGAAGCCAUGGCGACUGGAAAGGAGUUCCCCCACAAGAAAGAGGAGCUCACUAAAGGACAGCUGACCACAAAGCUCAAGGCCAUUCGAUUCAAGUACCGACAAGCGGUUGAUUCUGGACGAAAGCGUGGUCACGGGCGAGUGAUCCUGCUCUACUUUGAGCUGUGUGACUCCAUCUGGGGAGAAGCUCCGGUGACGCAGGUAUUGAGUGAAGGCAUCAAGACCGAGGACGUGCAGGAGGCCCUGGAUACAACCAGCUCAGCGUAUGGUGGCUCAUCAUCAUUGCCCAGCGAGGAUGGUGUUGCAGAGGAUGCUGGGUCUGCAGAGACUGCGGGGAGUCCAUGCCAGAGACUCAGCGCCUCCCUGUGUGGCUACAGGCGAAAUAGGCUGAAGAGGAAACUCGUCAUGGACAGUGUCACGCAGGAGGAUUUGGACAUUAAAAGACGACUGCUGCAAAGGUUAGAGGCCACAGACGACUACUUUGUUCAAACCAUGGGUCACUGGUCUUCUACAAUGGACCGAUUAUCUGACAAUAUUGAGCGACUGGUACAGCAUAUUGUCUGCUCUGGAAACAACCUCCCCACUCAUCACACACAUCCCACCACAGCCCCCAUCCCUAUGGACACACAGGCACAAGAGGGCCACUCCUAGAUCACCGCUCACCUUUACUCGACCAGCACAGCAUUGGACUAAACCCAGACCACAGAGACUAUGCAGAUGUGUAGAUAUUUAGUCUUCAUGUUUGUGCCUUCUUUUUGUAAUCCAAUUUUUUGCAUGUUGUAAUAUUUCAACAUUUGCUAAGUCUGCAUGCUCUGUAAAUAUUUACUGAGUUGGUGGGAUUUAUUAAAAACUUUCAAAAGCAA